GAAAUGAUGGGCAAAUUCCGACGCUCUGGACCUUUUUGAGACCGUGAGCAAUUCGAUGGAGCACCGAGAGGAGCUCGAUGAGUUUGCGAUGAAUGCAGAGCUCGGAGGACCUUUCGACGACUUCGGCUGUGCUGAGGACAUGCCUUUGAGCGAUGAGGUGUUGGAUUUACCGGAUUUGGAGCUUUUGCUGCCUUCGGAUGACCUUGGCGACGAGCUGCUGGAUUCGCUGCUGUCUGACGCUGCGAGCGAGCUGAAUAACGAUACUGCAAAAGAAUCCGGAGAGGAGGGCGGAAGGCCAGCAGAACCAGAGGAUGACUCGUCGGUCUUGACGCCAGAGGAGCAGGAACUUGAGCUGGUUGCAAGUGAAGUCAAAUAUCUAGAGGCGCAAAGAGAUUUCUUACAGUUUAGGGCGGAUGCCACUGCGAACGGUUCGCAAUGUGAGGGCAAGGAGAGUGAACGUGACGGGGAGGUGGAGGAAGAGAAAAACAAAUUGGAGAGGGCAACCAGACAGCAAAAUAUGCUGGUUGACACCAUCAAUCUGCACAAGCAGAGCAUGGAAGACGUGCAUCGGUUGAUGAUCCAGGCCUCGCCUUUGAUGCACUACCGCAUGACGCUGAUGACGCCGAUGGAAUCGUUUAUUCGUCUGGGCAAGGACCCUGCUGAACGCCGCAGCAAACUAUUGGAGAUGCGAGACGAGAAGCUGGACACCGUUCGACGGUUCGUCGCGGCGCAGACUCGUGGGAUCGACCCGACUCGCGAGUUCUUUUACGUGGACACUUUCGAACGUUUCGGCAAAUUCUACACCGUGGACUUUAGCGUCUCGCUGGUUAACAACAUGACUGUGGACGAGGUGGCCGAAGUGAUCCAGGACCAGUUCGUCGUGCCGCGUGACGGCGUCUCGCGCCUGUUGGGCUGCGUCACUAACCGCACUUACUACGACGGCAUGGUAGAUACCUUCCUACACGCGCGAACAGUGGAGCGCGUGGACUUACCGGAGCGCUCGUGCGUCGGUCGCAGCUUCUUGGUACAAGAGUCUAACGCUGUCUUCUACUUAAAAAGGUUCGCGGCUAGCGAGCUGGACGGCUCCGACGGCGAACAACCAGGCGAGCAGGGCGACCUGACGGUCAUGAUGAGCGAUUUCGUGGACGUGGACGAGUUGCAUCCUUAUCAUGGAAACCGUGUGAGGAAGGACAUAUCGGUAGGUAUCACGUUACGGCGCCACGUCGGGCCCGGCGGUGCGGAAGGUGUCGUGAUGCGGCGCUUCUCCUUCGUCAAACAUCAUCUCGGCCGUCGGACCACAAGACCCGAAGUGGUGAACACCAUCUCGACUCGAGUGCUACUUUGGGGGCAAGCAGUGCGCCUCUGCAUCGCAGAGCGCCGUCGACAGAAGCGAGAUGCUCCAAAGCGCAUCUGGAACACUCAUACGUUCCCACGUCGAGCACCGAGCGUGACACCGUCGUCACCACAAUCUAGGACGGCCUGUGCCGGUGCUGAUCAGUAAUUUAUUCGUUUAAGCUCGUCGUGAAGAAGAGAUGCAACAUACAACGCUUGUUAGUCCACAAGUUGCGCGUUCCAUUUCGGUGAGCAUCUUCUGGCCAUCCGUGGCGUACCGUUUAACGAUGUACUCAAGGUCUCUCAUUGCACUUACUCUAGCUGU